CUUACCUCAAUUGGAUAGACUGAGCUGAGAGCACAACAAGCUACAGUAUACUGCCGAAACAUGGCAGCACUCUCUGCUAUAACAUUCACAACCUCAAAAAACCUCUUCAAUUCUAACAAACCCACUCUCACUUCCAAACCUACUUCACCAUUUUCUUGUCUUUCUUGUUUGUCACAUGACAGAGAAACAAAUCUCUCAUUGAAGUCAGUUUCUACGACAAAGAAGUGCAUUCUUAACGUGGGUUUGGGGCUUUUAGCUGCUUCUGUUCUUGCUUUCUCACCAUUGGAUGCUGAAGCCACUAGAAUUGAGUACUAUGCUACGGUAGCAGACCCACCAUGUGAUCUUAGCUUUGUUCCCUCUGGCCUUGGUUACUGUGAUAUUUCUGUAGGGUCUGGUGUGGAUGCCCCAUAUAAUGAGCUCAUUAAUGUCCAUUACACUGCAAGAUUCGCUGAUGGGAGAGUCUUUGACAGCAGCUAUAAACGCGGCAGACCUCUCACUAUGCGCAUUGGCGUUGGUAAGGUCAUUAGAGGAUUGGAUCAGGGAAUUCUAGGGGGUGAAGGGGUGCCCCCAAUGCAAGAAGGUGGAAGACGCAAGCUAUAUAUUCCUUCUCCUUUAGCAUAUGGUCCAGAACCUGCAGGAUGCUUCUCAGGAGAUUGCAAUAUCCCUGGCAAUGCAACUCUUCUCUAUGAUAUUAAUUUUGUUGGAGUUUAUUCUGGGAAUAGGAGUUUACCAAAAAGAUGAAAGUCUAGUGUAGAUCAUCAAGUGAGUUUCCUCUCGUUAUCUUGGAAAUGAUGUCUUGGAUUGAUGCUGGGAUCGGAAUCCAGGAACUUCUUGAACUUCCAGAAGCAGCUUUUUUUGUAUACACUUGACUCAGUUAUGAGAUCAAGAGCCUCGUAGGUUGGUCAUGGCUCAUGUAUGGAAAUUUACAUUUUGAAGAAGUGCAUGAUAGAGCAUAUUCUUCA